AUGGUCGUUGCUCCUAACCUGGUUCACUCACCUCCGUCCUCCUUUGUGUCAGCUCGCCACCCUGCCCUCUCCCCUCGGACCUCCUUCAAGGCUUCCUCCCUGCUCUUCCCUGUGCCCAGCCAGUCAGCCUGCCACUACACUCCUCCACCAACCUCCCCAGUCAGUUCUCCCGUGCCUCCUCUCUUCCUCGGUCCCCAGUGCCCCCUGGUUCCCCUGUCUCAGUCUCCUCGGUUCCCCAUGCCCGUGUUUCCCCGGCAUCCGCCUCUCCCUCAACCUCUAUUUUCCCUUUAA